AUAGUGAAUUUACAUAUACAGAGUAAAGGUUGAAUAUAUAUACUAAGCUACAUCAAACACAUGUAUCUGGUUUCUAUGUGUUAUCAGUGGGCAGAUUGGACAUGCUGAUGAAAGCAGAGUGAAGUCAACACACUGGGAUAAUAACACGUUUUCAUUGAUGUUUCAUUAAGAAAUACCACAAGAAAGAAGAAGAACUGUAGGAAUAAAAUAACUUCUGUCUUUAUUUCUUCUCCUUUUAUAGGGAGGACUUCUGGCCCCAUGAACCUGAUCCUUUCUCCAGCAGGCACCACCACUUUCACCAUGAUCCUUUCUCCUCCAGGGGGGACUUCUGGCCCCAUGAACCUGGAACUCACAUCUUCUGCAGGAUUCAGAAGAUGAGUGAAGAUCCUCCUGCAAAGAGACGUGAGAUCAGGAUGUUGAAGUUAAAGGAAGAAUAUAUGGCUUUCAGACGGCACCGCCUCUCAUCCCUUGAACCUGAUCCUAACAUCUCCAGGACUGAGGAGAAACGAAAAGAUUCUGCUAAGGAACGUGAGAUCAGGACGUUGAAGUUAAUGGAAGAAUAUAUGGCUUUCAGACGGCAGAUCGUCUCGCCCCUUGAACCUGAUCCUAACAUCUCCAGUGAGGUUCCACAGCCGCCUGAACCUCCAGCUGUGCCUUUCACCUGUCUGUCAACGCUCCAUCUCUGCAGGACUGAGGAGAAGAGAGAAGAUCCUGCAAAGAGACGUGAGAUCAUGGAGUCAAUGGAAGAAUCUAUUGCUUUCAUACGGCAGCGCCUCUCGCCCCCUGACCAUGGACCUAACAUCGCCAGCAGGACUGAGGAGGAAACAGAAGAAUCUCGUGCAAAGAGACGUGUGCUCAGGAAGUUGGAGUCAAUGGAAGAAUCGAUUGCUCUCAUACGGGAGGACCUCUUGUCCUGUGGACUUGGACCUUUCUUCUCCAGUCCUGAGAAGAUGAGAGAAGAUUCUCCUGCAUCGAGCUGUGUGUCCAUGAUGAGUGCUCGCUCCAUGGAUUUCCCUUUUUCUUUCAAACAGUGGCAGCGCCUCUUGGACUAUUUACGUACGUUCAGCAUGCUCUCCAGAUAUAAAUCCAAUCCUGAGAAGAUGAGAGAAGGUUCUCCUGCAUCGAGCUCUGGGUCCACGAAGAGUGCUCGCUCCAUGGAUUUCCCUUUUUCUUUCAAAAGGGCUGAGGAGGAGAGAGAAGAUUCUCCUGCAUUAGAACGUGAGAUCAGGAAGAUAGAGCAAGAACAUUUGGCUCUCAGACGGAGACAGCGCCCCUUGGACUAUUUACCUACACAUCUCAGCAUGCUCUCCAGUCCUGAGAAGAUGAGAGAAGGUUCUCCUGCAUCGAGCUCUGGGUCCAUGAUGAGUGCUCGCUCCAUGGAUUUCCCUUUUUCUUUCAAACAGUGGCAGCGCCUCUUGGACUAUUUACGUACGUUCAGCAUGCUCUACAGUCAACGCAGAUAUAAAUCCAAUCCUGAGAAGAUGAGAGCAGAUUCUCCUUCGAGCUGUGGGUCCACGAAGAGUGCUCGCUCCAUGGAUUUCCCUUUUUCUUUCAAAAGGUCUGAGGAGGAGAGAGAAGAUUAUCCUGCAUUAGAACGUGAGAUCAGGAAGAUACAGUGGAACCUCUGGUCCCAUGACCAUGGUCCUUUCUCCCCCAGUGAACGCAGCUUUGGCUCCAGUACUGAGGAGGAAAGAGCAGGUUCUCCUACACCGAGCUGUGAGUCCAUGAUGAGUGACGGCUCCAUGUUUCUUUCUAGCGAGAUCCAGGGAUAGAUGCAGGACCUGGACGGACCUGGACGGACCUGGAGAGACCUGGAGAGACCUGGAGAGACCUGGACUCCAUGGUCUCGGUUAUUUUUAUUAUUACAUUCAUUUUAUAAAGCUUAGCUACUUUGCAGCAUCAGAGCUGGUGAUGGAGAUCUUCUAGCAGACGCCAGCAGACCUCCUUCAGCGGUACGAAUCCAGCAGACCCCUCAGGUCUUCAGGCCGGCUCACUGUUCCAUUUGUGAGAUCAAAGCGUGGGCAAGCAGCUUUCUGCAUGUAUGCUCCUAAUGCAUGGAACAAACUCCCAGAACAUCUGAGAAUGGUUAGCACUUUAUAAUCAUUAAAAUCAGGUCUAAAAACAUUUCUUUUUAACAUGGCUUUUUAAUUUUCUAUUUUUUGAACUGUUAAACAUGU